AUGACAGUCUACUCUGGCACUAUCCAGACUGUCCCUAUCGGCUACAUAAGGUCCUGUUUUUCAGCGAAGAAUGGCACACCUAGACAGCCCACGGUGUGUGGCCACUCCAGGGCCACGCUGUGCAUUCAGCCCAGUGUGUUCAACAACCCUGAUCAAGCUCUGAUGGGUCUCGAGCAAUUCUCCCAUGUAUGGGUCAUCUUCCUCUUUCAUAAGAAUGGUCACCUGAGUUACAAACCCAAGGUAAAGCCCCCCAGACUAAACGGUCAGAGGGUGGGUCUCUAUUCCACACGCACCCCUCACCGACCCAACGCCCUGGGCCUAACGCUGGCCAGGGUCGACAAAAUCGUAGGUGACACGGUACAUCUGUCAGGCAUUGACAUGAUUGAUGGGACUCCCGUUCUGGAUAUCAAGCCAUACAUCUCAGACUACGACUCCCCCCUCAGCCGACCCGGUGCAGAACCAUAUCAAAUGGAUGUAGGCCAACCGGAGACGGCAGCGGCGCCACAAGAUGAGGUAAUGGGCGACGUAUCAAGCUUCCGAAUGAACUCUGGGACUCCAUCCUCUGGGAAAGACACCUCAUUUGCUAGAGAUGAGUCUACCAAGGUUACCGGUCCCCACAGUAGUCCUAGAACUACGCUGAAGGACGAAGCCAUAACUGCUGACGUCGAGAAGAGAAGUGAGGCCUCUUCUUCGCCUGUUGCUGAUGCUAAUGCUGACUCCGCUGCCCCCUUUUCCAAAGAGCUGAGAAAUGUGCUAGUGGAGGUUAAAGCCUAUAUCAACGAUACUGAGCUGACCAGUGAAAAGGACAUAACAAAAUCCAAACGACCAGAGACGACCCAAUGCAAUCCUCGGCUUUGCUAUGGGGAAGAGGAGUACAGUACCAUUGCCACUUGGAUCAGAGCGCCCCCUGUUGGCAACCUGGAGGUGCGAUUCACGCCCCAUGCUCUUAGCGAAUUAGCAAAGUUUAUCCCGCCUCAACAUUCAGACCCCACCGGAAACGACUGUCCUCGCUUUAAGUUCCUACGCAGCCAGGAAGAGGCAUUGGCCGCCAUCAGAGCGGUUCUGUCGGCCGACCCGCGCUCCAUAUACCGGAGGAGCCGCUGUGAGGACAGACUGUUCUUCUUCACCCUGGACACCGCCGACAUCACCUGCUGGUUCGGCCCGGGCUUCGCUGAAGUCCUGCGGGUCCGGCGGGUCUAA